ACGGGGAGAUGUGAGCUAAGAGGAGCAGCGCGUGAGCGGAGAUGUGACUGGUGGGACUUACGGCGGCUCGCGGAGGAUGGUCGCCCUCCUGGGCGCGACGACCCUGAUGCUCGUCGCCGUGGCGCUAUGGGUGUUGCCCGCAGCCGCAGGUUAACAGGCGCCCUGUCCCACGGGAUAGUGAACUAAGUGUGGCCAGGAUUUCUCUGCCCUCAGGAUUCUUACAGGCCAAUAAAAAAUGACAACCGAAGGGAGUGAGUGACAGAAGCAUCAUUCUCAGUCCUCGAGGUUUACUAAGCCUGCUUCAGGGCGCAUGCGGGAGAAACAUGAGCCACAGACACAUCUGUGACUGGUUUUCCGGAGAGGUUUUCAGGAGGUGGUGGGAAACAUCUAAAAUCUCAAAAAGUAGAAGUCGACAUCAUAGAUGACAACUUUAUCCUGAAGUGGAACAGGAUUGAUGAGUCUCUGAGGAAUGCGACUUUUUCAUUCGAUUAUCAAAAAUCUGGGACGGAUAAUUGGAGAAAAUUGCCUGGGUGUCAGAAUAUUACUAGUACCAAAUGCAACUUUUCUUCACUCAAGUUGAGUGUUUAUGAAGAAAUUAAAUUGCGUAUAAGAGCAGAAAAAGAAAACACUUCUUCAUGGUAUGAGGUUGACCCAUUUACACCAUAUAACAAAGCUCAAAUUGGUCCUCCAGAAGUACAUUUGGAAGCUGAAGAUAAGGCAAUAAUGAUAAACAUCUCUCCUCCUGGAACAAAAAAUAGUGUCAUGUGGGCUUUGGAUGGUUUAAGCUUUAGAUACAGCUUAGUUAUCUGGAAAAACUCUUCAAGUGGAGAAGAAGAGAUUAAAAAUAUUUGUUCCAUACAUAAAAUUUAUAAACUUUCACCAGAGACUACCUAUUGUUUAAAAGUUAAAGCAGCACUACCCAAGGCAUCAAAAGUUGGUCUCUAUGGUCCAGUAUAUUGUAUAAAGACCACAGUUGAAAAUAAACUACCUCCACCAAAAAAUAUAGAAGUCAGUGUUCUAAAUCAGAGCUACGUUCUUAAGUGGGAUUAUGCAUAUGCAAAUAUGACCUUUCAAGUUCAGUGGCUCCAAGCCUUUUUAAAAAGGAAUCCUGUGAACCAUUCGAAUAAAUGGAAACAAAUGCCUGACUGUGAAAAUGUCAAAACUACCCAGUGUGUCUUUCCUCAAAAUGUUCUCCCAAAUGGAAUUUACCUUCUCCGCCUACAAGCAUCUGAUGGAAAUAACACAUCUUUUUGGUCUGAAGAGAUAAAGCUUGAUACUGAAAUACAAGCUUUCCUACUUCCUCCGGUCCUUAAUGUUAGAUCCGCUAGUGAUUCAUUGCAUAUCUAUAUUGGUGCUCCAAAAGAGUCGGGAAGCAAGCCUGUGAGCCAGGAUUAUCCACUCACUUAUGAAAUUAUUUUUUGGGAAAACACUUCAAAUGCUGAGAGAAAAAUUUUCAAGAAUAAAACUGAUUUUAUUGUUCCUAAUUUGAAACCACUGACUGUAUAUUGUGUCAAAGCCAGAGCUCACGCCAUGGAUGAAAAGUGGAAUAAAAGCAGUGCUUUUAGUGAUGUAGUGUUUGUGAAAACAAAACCAGGAAAUGCAUCUAAAAUUUGGUUUAUAGUUGGAAUUUGUACUGCAUUAUUUGCUAUCCCAGCUCUCAUUUAUGGUGUGAAAGUCCUCCUGAGAUGCAUCAAUUAUGUGUUCUUUCCAUCACUUAAACCUUCUUCCAAUAUAGAUGAGUAUUUCUCUGAACAGUCAUUGAAGAAUCUUCUGCUUUCAACUUCUGAAGAAAAAAUUGAAAAAUGUUUUAUAAUCGAAAAUAUAUGCACAAUUGCUACAGUAGAAGAAACUAAUCAAACUGAUGAAGAUCAUAAACAAUACAGUUCCCAAAACUGCCAGGAUUCGGGAAAUUAUUCUAAUGAAGAUGAAAGCGAAAGUAAAACAAGUGAAGAGCUACAGCAGGAUUUUGUAUGACCAACAAUGAACUCUGUCAAGCAUAAGGUUUUCUGCAGGAGUCACACUGGGAGCCUGAGCUCCUCGCCUUCCCUCAGUCACUACAAAGAGGACAUUUGCUUGUUUGGGGAAAGAAAAAACAUCUUCAGUUAUAGAUCCUAAACAUACAGGUAAGCACUUAACUAUUUAAAAAUGAAAUUACACCAGGCACAGUGGCUCAUGCCUGUAAUCCCAGCACUUUGGGAGGCUGAGGCCGGCAGAUCAUCGGCGGUCAGGAGUUCAAGACCAGCCUGGCCAACAUGGUGAAACCCGGUCUCUACUAAAAACACAAAAAUUAGCCGGGUGUGGUGGUGCAUGCCUGUAAUCCCAGCUACUGGGGAGGCUGUAACAGGAGAAUCGCUUGAAACUGGGAGGUGGAGGUUGCAGUGAGCCAAGAUUACCACUGCGCUCCAGCCUGGGCGACAGAGUGAGACUCUCUCUCAAGAAAACAAAAAAAAGGAAGAAAAAAAGAAAUUACAUGAGUUGAGACAAACGUUUCCUACGUUCUUUUCCAUGUGUAAAAUCUUGAAAAACCUGUCACUGGACUUGCAUUGGAUGAGAUGAGUCAGAUCAAAACGAUGGCCACCUGUCUCCCUCCUGCCAGCCCAAGUGCCACUGAGCUAGCCGUGCACUGUGGCUAAGGAUGGCAGCUGUGUUCCUGUCCAUCACCGGUGCUGCUGCCCACUGCAUGUGUCCCACCUGUCUGCUGGCAUUCCUAGCAUUCUAUUUCAUUCUUCCUCAGGAGAGAUUUCAAACAUCUGGUCUUUUCUUUUAACACUGUGGGUAGGCCCUUAGGAAGUUUAGGAAAGUCUGAACACAUUAUCACUUGGUUUUCUGGAAAGUAGCUUACCCUGGAAAGCAGCUGCAGAUGCCAGAAACAUGCUCCCUAAAAAUGUUCAGAGACUUCUGUUUAUUUAUCCCGAGAACAUUGGUUUCCACAUCACAGUAUCUGCCCUUACAUGGUUUAGGAUUAAAGCCAGGCAAUCUUUUACUGUUCGUUAACACUUCCGCUUCAAAACUUACCAGAACAAUAGCUUCUGGCUGGAAUUUGCAGUCACUGAAGUCAUAGAAAAUAGGUAACUAAUUAGAGAAAUAAUUGUUAUAUUUUAAGGUCUGAGAGUGUGUGCAAGUUUUAAUAUACAUGCCAUGCCAGGAGACAGUGUAUGCAGGAAGUCUUGGGACCAGAAAACGGCAGUGCUGGGAGACUGACACGGAAGGAGAAGACUUCCGCAGGAAAGAGGUUGCUGGCUCUGGUGCAAGAGGAAGCAUGCUGUUCCACGGGAGCCUGUGCGCCUCUUCAGCUCUCAGUGAUUCACACACUCUUGUUAUGGGUCAUCUGUGUCACUUUCAGUACCACGCUGGCUUCUCUGCACUGCCUAGCAGUAUACAGAUAGUCCUUCUACUCAGCCUGCUUGGCCUUAAAAUACAAAUCAUUUAACUGAGGGAAAAAAGGUAACUAAGAAGAAAAACCUAAUUUAAGAAAUUACAUAAUGCUUUCCAAAGGCACUUACAACUUAUUUUUAAAUGACUUGUUACUGGGAAUUACCCAUGGAUAUCCUUAAUAGGCAGGAAGUCUGGGGAUUCUGGUGGCCUCUAGGGCAGAGUUGUCAUAGCGCCGUCUGGCAGGGACCAGGUGAAAGAAAGGAGACAAAGUUAAGAGCAUGCUGGGGAAUAGCCAUUGCUAAGGCCAGUCUCAUUUCAGUAGUCAUUUCUGCUCAGAUAACAGAUUGUCCUGGUGGAAGGAAAGGUUGAAGGCAGCUGCCUUAGAGAGGGCUCUGAGCUCAGCACAUCCUGGGCAUAUACACCAGUCUGCAGGCCACACCAUUCAUGUUCCCAGAUCUGCCGCCUGGCUUCUGGAGGGGUUCAAGCGGAGCAUAGUGGGCCAUUGAGGAGACCCAGGAAUUUCUGAGAUACAGCUCUCUUCCGGAGAACCCCAGGGUGACACCUUUUCAUCUUUCUGAAACGACAGAGGCGUUUGGUUUGAAGUACAUCUGCUGUGUUGGCCUGGCCUUUGUAAAAGCCCUGUCACUUUGGAAGUUUGCCCCUUUGAAGAGGCGAUUGGGAACAUACCACGACUCCCUGCCACCAUUGCUUCUCAGACUACCCAAUUCAAGGAUCCUGUCCAGGACUUCCAGCCCUGUAUUCUCCAGUGGAAAAACACGCUUUAGACUGGUUAGCCUCAAAAGGAGCAAUGCCUUUGCAGGAUGUGGAGAAGGGAAAAUACAGAAAUUAACAUUAAAAGAAACAAGUGAAAUUGUUAAGUCUCUAGGAAGUAGGAGCACAAGGCUUCACGUUUUGAGACUAUCUGGUUUUCAGUGAACGAGCACUGAGCACCAGACUUGAAAAGGCAGUUCUGGCCGGGAGCAGUGGCUCAUGCCUGUAAUCCCAGCACUUUGGGAGGCAUGAGGUCAGGAGUUCUAGAGCAACCUGACCAACAUGGUGAAACCCUGUCUCUACUAAAAAUACAAAAAUUAGCUGGGCAUGGUGGUGUGCACCUGUAAUCCCAGCUACUCAGGAGGCCAAGGCAGGAAAAUUGCUUGAACCCGGGAGGCAGAGGUUGCAGUGAGCCGAGAUCGUGCCACUGCACUCCAGCCUGGGCGACAGAGCGAGACUCAGUCUCAGGAAAAAAGGCGGUUCCACCCUUCUCUUAAUUGUGUUGUACAUGUUGCUUAAUCAGCAUAUGCUUAAGUGACAAGUAUUUUUUCCGAACAGAAGUUUACUUAGAAAUACUAUGCACUUGGGGAUACCAAUAAACUGCCUCAAAACUAGCAUAUUAAUAGUUCUUAGACCAAAUAUCAUCUACAAAUUUAUAUGAAAGACUUGUAUCAUUAGAGCCAGAAAUAGUUUUAUAUUAAUGUGUAAUACAGAUUAACAUAUGAUGUACAUGUGUAACUUCCGACAUGGGCCUGCAAAUGUGUUCAUUUAUGUACCUGCACAUGUACCACACGAUGCGGGUCUUACUCCUUUAGUAUGAACUUAAAGUACUUAUUAGUAUAGCUUGGAACUAAAAAUUAGAAAUGCUCCGCAGAAUUAGGAACUUUAAGAGUCUGACCAGAAAUUUGCCACUUACAAAAAAGUUAGUUUUAAAAAUAUAAGUUAUAGGGCCGGGCAUGGUGGCUCACGCCUGUAAUCCCAGCACUUUGGGAGGCCAAGGCAGGUGGAUCACGAGGUCAAGAGAUCGAGACCAUCCUGGUCAACAUGGUAAAACCCCGUCUCUACUAAAAAAUACAAAAAAAAUUAGCUGGGCAUGGUGGCACGUGCCUGUAAUCCCAGCUACUCAGGAGGCUGAGGCAGGAGAGUUGCCUGAACCCAGGAGGCGGAGGUUGCGGUGAGCCGAGAUCGCACCAUUGCACUCCAGCCUGGGUAACAAGAGCGAAAUUCAGUCUCAAAAAAAAAAUCUCUCUCUCUCUCUCUCUCUCUCUCUCUCUCUCUCUCUCUCUCUCUCUCUCUAUAUAUAUAUAUAUAUAUAUAUAUAUAUAUAUAUAUAUAAAAGUUAGGGUUGGGCACUGUGGCUUAUGCCUGUUAUCUCAGUACUUUGGGAGGCCAAGACAGGAGGAUCACUUCAGGCCAGGAGUUCAAGACCAACCAAACCAACCUGGGCAACCUGGCCAAACCCCAGCUUUAUUAUAUAUAAAACUUAGAGUUUGUUCUUCCCCCAAAAGAGACUGUGACAUUUACAGUAGCCUGAAAUUGCUCUUAAGGGGCUGGGGUGUGCAGAAGCUUUCCUUCCCCCACGCAGGAACCCAGUGACUACCUGACAUGUUCUGUGUUUUGUUUGAUGUCUGAACAACUUUGAUGUUUGAUGGUGAACAACUUGGUUGUUCGUUGCUGCAUCCCAGUAAUGAAGGUACUCGGAAAAUAGUUACUGAAUGAGUGAAAUCUAAACUGUGAAUCGGAGGGCGUUUGUGGCAGUGUUUGUAUGUUACUGAAUUGUGAAAGGGCAUCGCUGUGUUUUCAGUGUUUCUAUGCAACAACCUUGUACAUUUUAUUUCACUUGUGUUUUGUCUUAAACCCUACUGCUGGAAACAAUUUUAUAUAAUAAACAAUGGGCCCAAAAAUCUGGAGGUUAUUUCGCACUUAGUGAAUUUUUAUGCAACAAAGAUGCUGCAGCUGACGCUUUUAAGAGGUAUUCAUUGUGGAAGAGUCGAGGCCUGUGCUGUGUUCCUGGGCCUGGGGUUGAGCAUCCUGAAGGAGUCACUGAACCGUCACUGUCCCCAGAGCCGGUGGAGACAGAGCUCCUUUGCUGCCUUUUCUUCCCACGCUCAAGACAUGGCUGGAGCGCAGCCUUCAUUAAAUGAAAAUUUGCUGUGGUGUUGCGUAGCCUUGCUUUUUGAACUAAACUGUUUUCCCUUCACUCCUGUCAGAAUUACUUCGCUCCAAGGAGGCUCCUCGAUCUCACAGAUCAGUAGAUGUCUCCUGCUGUCUGGACACAUUUGACUUGGAAAUUGAAUACAGUUUGUGUUCAGGCUGGGAACCUCCCACGUUUGUGUUUUUAAGCUUCCCUUUUUUACAGUGGACAAGAACACAAAUAAUAAAUCAUCCCUAAUGCCC